AAUGGCUUCCUUGCAUGACUCGAUGACCCCCUUUUGACCAAACAGAGUGAGCGUGAGUGGGACGUCUGCGGGUGAAACCAGCGAUAUGCAGCUUGCGUUGUCCGUUACGACAGGGAUUCUUGACAGUCCGUCGCAAGAUUGAACCGCUCGCUCAGUCAAUAAAUACCAUUGUUUUCUCCUUGCUGGGCCCUCAGACGGUGAACUUGAUUCUCUCUGUCAAUUCGAACCACCAUGGCCGAUGAGAAUAACCCAGUCCCUGUCGCUCAGGCGGAGCUCAUUCCUGACGAUGCCAUUGUCGAUGACGACCAGGUCUCGUUGAGCUCGCAUGGGACUGACUAUACAUCGCUCAAAUCGAGUGUGUUGAAUUACGAAUACGAUAAUGGUCGCCGAUACCAAAGCUACCGCAGGGGUGAAUACUUGUUUCCCAAUGAUGAAGUUGAGCAGGACCGCAUGGACCUGCUCCACCAUAUCUAUGGCAUGAUCUUCGGAGGAAGCCUGCAUCUGGCGCCUCUCAAAAAUGUCACUGGUCGCGUUCUCGACCUGGGAACUGGAACUGGUAUCUGGGCCAUUGAUUUCGCAGAUGAGUACCCGGCUUCAGAGGUGAUCGGCAACGACCUCAGCCCAAUUCAGCCUGGAUGGGUCCCCUCCAACUGUGUUUUUGAAGUCGAUGACUUCACUGCCGAAUGGGAGUUCAGCCAGCCGUUUGAGUUUAUCCAUGGCCGUGAGCUUACAGGAGCGGUCAAGGAUAUGGACCAUCUCGCAAAGCAGGCCUUUGAAAACCUGAAGCCAGGGGGCUUUUUUGAGGUGAAGAGUAUUGGUCUUGAUGUCUUCUCUGAUGAUAAUACCUACGAAGAAAAGGCCCAAUUUACAAAGCAGAUGUGUGGAUUAGUCCAUGAGGCGAGCACGAAAUUCGGAAAGCCUUUACAGGACCUGAGUAAAUGGGAGGAUGACCUCAAGGCCGCCGGGUUUGUCGAUAUUGUCAAUAAAGUGGUUAAAAUCCCAAUGAGCCCAUGGCCCAAGGAUCGAAAGCAGAAGGAGAUUGGCCGGUAUUUCCAGGCCAUGCAUGUCCAGGGCAUGAACUCAUAUCUGCCCAAGUUAUUCUGUGAUGUCCUAGGCUGGUCUAAUCUUGAAGUCACGGUGCUGAUCGCCAAGUCAAAGCAGGAGCUUUUUGAUCUUUCUAUCCACCAGUACUGCAAGCUCUACACUUUUUAUGGCCGGAAGCCAUAGUCAUUGGCUUUUAUGCAGUCCUAGGUAGCUAGUACUAAGACAAUUUCUCACUUC